AUGACAAAUCCAUGGGACCCAGGGUCUCAUCGGUUUGGGCGGCUUAUUGAAGCUGCAAGACGUGGUGACAUUGUUGCCCCUGCUGACCUCCGCUACUUGCAAGGGCUGCCAAAACAAGGGGCCAAAGAAACUGAUACGAGCCGCGCAAGAAUUGUGAGUUUCUUGCGGGGGGUCUAUGAAAGCACAGCAGAAACCCUCCCAGAUGUUCGUGAUGACACAUACGACGCGGAUGAGGCUGUCUCUGUUGGCUUGGUAGUGCCAGAAUUGCAGGACCCUUAUGCUGAAACACUUGGCGCUGGUCCGGAGCCAGUAGUUCAAGCCGGUAAAAAGAAGAAGGUUCAUUCCAAAAAGUUCUCGAUCACACUGAACCCAGAUCGGAAGGCCGCUUUUGAGGGGCAAGAAAGAUUCCUGCCACCUGGGUCCAUGAAGGAUUAUUGCGAACAGUUCAAUGACGUGCACCCUCGUGCACAUGAUGAGCGCCCCGUCUCAUUUACAACUUUCUGGAAAGUUUGGCACCAGGAGUUCAGUUUUAUGAAGUUUCGGGCGGCUUCCAGUCACUCCAUGUGCGCAACCUGUUUAAAGCACAAACUUCUCAUCCGUGCUAUGUGCGGACACCUCCUAGCAAGAAAGCAGCAGGUCCAAGCCUAUGCGGCUCACUUGCGAGCCCAAUAUCAAGAUCGGCUCACUUAUUGGGAUAUCCGCGGUGUGUCCAGAGACCGCACGCCGUUUGAGGUGUGUGCCAUCAUCGAUGGUAUGGACCAAGGCAAGUUUGCAUACCCAAGGUCAGAUUUAUUCAGGUCAAAAGACCUGAGUGGCAUGAACCGGCCCCGCGCACAUAUCGCUGCCAGCAUUCUUCACGGAAGAAUGGUGGUUUUUACAGUGUCACCUGCAGACCUUCCGAAGGAUGCUAAUGCCUCCAUCGAAACGACAGCUCACUGCAUUCACCUUCUCUCUCAGAUGGUUCCGGAGAUUAUCCAAGAUUUUUUGGACAAUCGGUUGAGCCGGCCUCAUGAGCCCGAAAGGCAUGCGGUCCUCUUGGACCAGUGCCGCGACUGGCGUGCUUACUUGCAAACUGGCGUGCCCGUGCAUUUGACUGGCAUUGGUGGACCUCGCGCACCGCAUGUCUUUGAGUUCGAUCGACGUUGCAACUUGGGAGACUCUGUUGCAUGGGUCAAGUCUUUCCCUUACUUUGUGUAUUCACAUUGCUGA